AGGUUUAUACUUACACCACGAUAAAGCCCCAAAUAAACAUUCGGAACUACUUCCGCGAGAAAUUGAUAUUUUUGCAAAAACGAUACUUUAUCGGUUGAUACACUAGACAUUUUCAAAUCCGUUUGCUUGGUUAAAUAUAUUUUCCAGUUAAAUAACGAAAAAAUAAGUGUUGUGUUUUCAAAUGCCGGUGUAACGUUUAGCACAAAAAACAACAUCAACAGCGAAAACGCGAACGCAAAAUCAACUUGACGUUUCUUCCGUCAAACAAAGUGACAUAACCGCAAAACGAUAAACAAGUAAAUUUGAUAUUCGGUACUCGAUUGUUAAAAACAGUUGCGACAAGGCAGCAGUUAGAGAAAGAUUACCGUAAAUAUGGAUCCACAAGCAUCCAAAGAGAUCAAGAUCAUUGUGAAAUGGAGUGGAAAGGAGUAUCCAAUCGAAGAUCUCACUGAUCACGACACGGUGGCUAUCCUGAAGCACGAAAUCUGCAAGAAGACACAGGUGAAACCGGAGAGACAAAAGUUGCUGAAUCUUAAAUAUCGAGGAAAGUUCGCCAGCGAUGAAACCCGCCUGGGACUACUAGAGUUGAAGCCAAAUUUUAAACUAAUGAUGGUUGGAUCGCUGGAGGCCGACAUCGAGGAGGCAUCCUCCAAACCGGAUAACAUCGGCAACGUGGUGAACGAUCUCGACAACGAGGACGAUGACAAGGUUCCGUUGGAAAAUAAGGAAAUCUAUCUCGCCAAAAUCAACAAACGCGUACGAGAGUACAAAAUCAAUGAACUGAAUCCCCCCCGCGAAGGUAAACGUUUACUGGUGCUGGACAUCGAUUAUACUUUAUUCGAUCACCGAUCGGCGGCUGAAAACGGUGCCGAGCUAAUGCGACCCUACUUGCACGAGUUUCUCACUUCCGCUUACGAAGACUACGACAUUGCUAUUUGGUCAGCCACAUCCAUGAAAUGGAUUGUUGAAAAGAUGAAACUCCUUGGAGUCACAUCACAUCCAGACUACAAGCUGGUUUUUAUGUUAGACUCGGAAGCGAUGAUCACUGUCCACUGCCCCUUGCGUGGUGUUAUCGAGGUUAAACCUCUGGGUGUCGUAUGGGGUAAAUACAGUCAGUAUUCAUCGAAAAAUACAAUCAUGUUUGAUGAUCUCCGACGAAACUUUCUGAUGAAUCCGAAGUCUGGCCUUCGAAUCAAACCGUUCGCCGAGGCCCAUCUCAACCGUCACAAGGACAAAGAACUGCUGAAGCUUUCGAAAUACCUCAAAGAUAUUGCCAAGCAUUGUGAUGAUUUUAACGAUUUGAACCACAAAAAAUGGGAAACCUACAAACCGAAGAAGCGCAAUAACGAUGCGACUGACGAAUGAACGACCGCCGCAGAGCUGGAUUUUGCCUUAUUCCAUGAAUGCUUUAAAUUAACAUAAAAUCUUCGUUAUCACUAGAUGUCAACAUGAACAAUAAAAAAAUGCAAUUUAUAGUUUUAA